GCAACGAAAGCAACGCGUGCUUACCGAUUCGUUUUCUUGUUUCUCGGUCAGGAACGUGUCCGAGGACGACGUCGCCCCCGUCUUCGGGCACCAUUGUCAAAUCCCGCGCGCCAACACGACUCGGAUAUCAACGCGCACCUUAUUAGCCCCCGCGCGCGGACAGAUACAAGGGGUCGCGUUCCUUCAUUUUAUUUCGUGUCUUUCCUUUCCCUCUACCUGCCUGUUUUCUCGCCUUUUCCGUCUUUUCUUUUCUCGCACGGGGCUCAGUCGCUCGUAAACGUCUACGUGGCACCCAAGUGCGCGGUCACUCAUCCCUCUCGACCCGGGUGCUAAACAAGGGUUCUCUUCUAUUCUGAGACAAGUGAGCGUGAAGCACGAGUGACAGUUACCGAUCAGUGUGUGCCAAAGUAGCCGGUCGUGUCAAUCGGAUAACGCAGUGAGAACCGCGAUCAGGAUGGACGUCAGCGGGAUAAGGCCCAUCUUUAGUGGAUAUCCUUUCCAAGGACAAGGACGAAUGAAUCAGCUAGGUGGGGUCUUUAUCAACGGGCGCCCUCUCCCGAAUCAUAUUCGCCUGAAAAUCGUAGAAAUGGCCGCCGCAGGAGUCCGACCUUGUGUGAUCUCCAGGCAGCUUCGCGUUUCUCACGGUUGUGUUUCGAAAAUUCUGAACCGAUAUCAGGAGACUGGUUCCAUCCGACCAGGCGUGAUAGGCGGUAGCAAGCCUCGAGUGGCCACACCGGAAGUCGAGGCGAGAAUCGAAGAAUUAAAACGAGACAAUCCGGGAAUAUUUUCUUGGGAAAUUAGGGACAAGCUUAUGAAGGAGGGUUUCACGGAUCCGCCAAGCGUCAGUUCCAUCAGUAGACUCCUUCGGGGUGGCCGGCCAGGGGAUGACGGAAAGAAGGAUUACACCAUCGACGGCAUCCUAGGCGGCGGUCGCUGCGGUGACGAUUCUGACACGGAAAGCGAGCCGGGUAUACCACUAAAGCGAAAGCAACGCAGAAGCAGAACGACGUUCUCCGGUGAACAGCUCGAACAGCUGGAAGCUGCGUUCCACCGAGCCCAAUACCCGGACGUUUACGCGAGAGAAGAGUUGGCCCAGAGGACCGGACUGACCGAGGCGAGAAUUCAAGUGUGGUUCAGUAAUCGCAGGGCGCGCCUCCGCAAACACGCCGGUAGCAUAACUCAUUCGCCGAUAAGUAGCCUGCCACUGACAACCUGCCAAUACGCGGCAGCUAGUCAUCAGGAUCUCGCGCAGAUACCGCAAGUAUCGCAGAUGCCCGGCGGAAUAGCGCAGGUACCCACGACCCUGCACCAGGCACCCGGCGGCAUGCACCAAGUGUCCGGCUCCGUCGCCCAGAUGGCCCAAGUGCCUACCACGAUGAGCGGCGCACUUCAGGGAUCCGCGGUUACCAUCCCCGGGCAUCUUGGCUCGCUUCCGGCGCACACGGCCACGAUGCAGCUUGCGCAAGUGUCGACGAUGCAGCCACCCGCCGCGCACGGUGCACCCACGUCGCUUUCGCACAACAGCGGCAAUACCGAUUGGUCGAGAACGCAGCUUGGUUGGGGGCAGUUUAAUCAUUUUCAAAGCGGCGAUUACGGAUCGAGUCACGCGACUCAUCAGCACGGUUCGCAUACGAGUCAAAAUACUCCGUCCUCGAGUACCUCGAACACCGCGACAACGCCGGACUGGUACGAUCAAGGCUACGAUUACACCCCGCACGCGCAGCUUAAUUAUCAUCGCACCAUGGGUGGAAUAUUUUAGCCGAUCAAUUGUUGUAUAAAGAUUAGUUAUAAAACACGCAAGCCAGAGAAAUAGUUAUUUAUAUAUGUAUAUAUAUGCAUAUAUGUAUAUCUCGAUCUUAUAAUAUA